AUGCUAUCCCUCGUGGUCCUCCCAUUCCUCGUAUUCCUUCUCGGCUUCGCUGGGCCAGCUUCUGCCGCCGGAUCGGCCGUUCUGGGCGUCGACAUCGGUACGGAAUAUUUCAAGGCUGCUCUCGUGAAACCCGGCAUUCCGCUCGAGAUCGUCCUCACUAAAGAUUCGAAACGCAAGGAGUCCGCUGCGGUUGCUUUCAAGCCCACAAGAGAGAGCGAUGCGCCUUUCCCCGAACGGUUUUAUGGCGGUGAUGCUCUCGCCCUCGCGGCUCGGUACCCGGACGACAUUUACAUCAACUUGAAGACUCUGUUGGGCGUUCCGUUCAAUGAUGGCAACGAGGAGGCAGUCAAGGCCUAUUGGAGCAGGUUCCCCGCAUUGAAAUUGGAGACCGCCCCCGAUGGUCGUGGCUCUGUUGCUCUCCGCAGCAACCGGCUAGGAGAGGCGCAAAAGAAAGAGGCAUUCUUGGUUGAGGAAAUUCUGGCAAUGCAGUUGAAGCAGAUUAAGGCUAAUGCUGAUACGUUGGCUGGAAAGGGAUCCGAUGUCCGCGAUGUCGUCAUUACCUAUCCUGUGUUCUACACCGCGGAGGAGAAGCGCAGCCUCGAGUUGGCGGCUGAGCUGGCCGGUCUGAGGAUCCAGGCUCUUGUUAGUGAUGGAUUGGCUGUCGGUUUGAACUACGCCACCAGCCGUACUUUCCCCAGCGUGUCUGAUGGCGAGAAGCCCGAAUACCACAUCGUGUAUGACAUGGGUGCUGGAUCUACGACCGCGAGUGUUUUGCGGUUCCAGAGCCGCAAGGUCAAGGACAUUGGUAAAUUCAACAAGACUAUCCAGGAAGUUCAUGUUGUUGGAGCUGGUUGGGAUAAGUCACUUGGAGGCGACUCCCUGAACGAUCUCAUUGUGAACGAUAUGGUCGCCCAGUUGGUCGAGGACAAGAAGCUCAAGGAUAAGGUUACUCCAGCUGAGAUCAAGGCCCAUGGAAAGACUAUGUCCAGGCUCUGGAAAGAUGCGGAGAAGCUCCGACAGGUUCUGAGCGCCAACACCGAGACUUCGACCAGCUUUGAGGGACUGUACGACGAGAAUGUCAACUUCAAGUACAAGCUGAGCCGUGCCAACUUCGAGAAAAUGGCUGCUGAGCAUGUCGCCCGCAUUGGAACCCCAGUGGAGCAGGCUUUGACAGCGGCUGGCCUCCAAUUGAGCGAUAUCGAAUCUAUCGUGCUUCACGGUGGAGCCAUUCGGACUCCGUUCGUCCAGAAGCAAUUGGAGAACUUCGCCGGUUCUUCUAAGAAGAUCAGAACAAAUGUUAACGCUGAUGAGGCGGCAGUGUUCGGUGCUGCCUUCAAGGGAGCUGCUCUGAGCCCUAGCUUCCGUGUUAAGGAUAUUCGCACCGGCGACGCCGCUACGUACCCCAUCUCCUUGAAGUGGAACUCGGACGGCAAGCAAAGAAACCAGAAACUAUUCACCGCCACUUCCCAAGUCGGUCCUGAGAAGCAAGUCACUGUGAAGAACCUGGAGGAUUUCGAAUUCAGCUUCGGCCAGCAUGUUACCCAGGAUGAAGAACAGCCUAUCCUCAGCGUCCAGACUCAGAACCUUACUGCGUCUGUUGCCAAGCUCAAGGAUAACUUUGGCUGCACCACUGCAAACAUUACCACCAAGUUUACGAUUCGCCUCAGCCCCGUGGACGGUCUUCCCGAAGUUGUGGCUGGUACCGUUAGCUGCGAGGUGGAACCUGAGAAGAAGGGAAUUGUCGAAGACGUUAAGGGAUUCUUCGGCCUUGGCAAGAAGGACGAGCAGGAGCCCCUCGGCGAAGAUGGCGAGCCUCGUGAAUCGAUCACCCUCGAGCCCGAGACAGAGUCCUCCACCACAUCCUCCGCCAGUUCCAAGUCCACCACCACAUCCACCAAGGAUGCAAAGAAGGACGCAAAGAAGGACGCGAAGAAGGACGCGAAGAAGGACGCAAAAGCCACCCCUCAGGUCAAGCUUGAAGUCAUCCCGAUCAGCUUGAAGUCUGUAGCGCUUGGAACUCCACGGCCGUCAGUCGCAGAGCUCAGUCGCAUUAACGGCCGCCUCCUUGCUUUCGAUAAUUCCGACCGUGAUCGCAUCCUGCGCGAAGAGGCUCUUAAUGAAUUGGAAUCUUUCAUCUACCGUAGCCGAGACCUCGCCGAUAAUGAGGAGUUCAUCAAGGCAGUCAAGCCCGACCAGCUGACUGUUCUCUCCGAGAGAGUCUCUGCAGCCAGCGACUGGCUGUACGAAGAGGGCGACAAUGCCAAGACUGCCGAUUUCCAGUCGAAGCUCAAGGAUCUGAAGUCCAUCGUCAACCCUGCGCUGAAGCGGAUGAAGGAGAGCUCUUCUCGCCCAGCACGCGUGCAGUUGCUCAAGGACAUGCUCAAGAACGCCGAGUCCAUGAAGGAAUUGAUUAAGAACCAGAUCGACAAUGACGAGCAGAUCUACUCCUCUUCCCUCUCGGCCUCAAGCGCCUCCUCCACCUCCACCUCCACCUCCACCGAGACCACCACAUCGACCCCAGCCCCCGCCGCCUCUGACGAGGGUCUCGACGAUCUGGAUGAAGACGCAUAUUCCGCUUCUUCAUCUUCUACCACAUCUACCAAGAGUGCUGCUGCGGCAAAGCCCACAGGUCCCAAGUACUCCCUCUUCACUCCCGCUGACCUCACGGCCAUCACCCAGGCCUACGAGUCCACGAACCCUUGGCUCGAGACCCAGCUCAGUCUGCAGGAGACGCUUUCUGAGUCUGAUGACCCUACUUUGACCGUUGUGGAGGUCGACUCGCGGCUGCGCGAAUUCGAGCGCAUCCUUAACCGCAUGUACGAGAGGAUGACUGCAAACGCUGGCCAGCAGAAGAAGAGCAGCAGCAGUGGUAAAAAGGGAUCUAAGGAAAAGAAGAAGCCCGAGGCCGAGAAGGGCAAGGGCAAGGAUCAGCCCAAGGAGAAGGAGGAUCUUCCCAAAGAUGAGCUGUAA